GCCGUCAGGCUAGAAUGGCCAAAUGCUCGGUCUACCGAUUAAGAGGUGAUCGGAAGCUCACAUUAAUCAGUUUCACUGACAUCCUUGCUAUUUCAAGUCUUGAAGUGCGUAAAAAAUGGGUUCUAGAAUACGGGAUUCGCCAUCGAAAAUAUUUGAAUGCUUCUGUGAAGUUGUUAUACCGAGGAAUGGCAAUGAAAGUGCAUGGAUUGUGCAGAAAUGUCCAGACUCUUAUAAUAAUGACGAGGUGUUAAAAUCUGUACCAGAGUUUGCUUAUCCAUGUGAAUUCACAAGUACUGCAGUGCAGCACUUCAGCUUUGUGUUGACGAGCAUUGACAGCAAGUGGACAUUUGGCUAUUGUCGUCACGCUCCCAACUCUCAAACCUGCUUUGUGCUUCUAAGCUACUUACCCUGGCAUGAAACAUUUUACAAGGUGCUCAACCAGAUUGCAGAACUAGCCAACAAGAAAGAUUCUAGUCUAAUGGGUCACUUCCUGGAAUCUCUUUAUCGUACGCCAGUUCCUGAACCAGGGUUUCAGCUAAAGGUUUAUUAUGACAUGGAAAAAAAUCCAUUUCAGUGCGCCUGCUCGGAUCACACGAAGUUGCCAAGCAUUCCGGAAAAUAGAAACCUAACAGAAUACUUCAAUGCAGUUGAUGCAACAAAUAUGAUUGUGUUGUUUGCAAGCAUGCUGCAUGAGCGGAGGAUCCUGAUCACCUCACGGCGCCUCAGCAGGCUAAGUGCCUGUGUCCAGGCUGCGAAUGCUCUUAUUUACCCAAUGGAAUGGCAGCACAUAUACAUCCCAGUUCUUCCUAACCAUCUUCUUGACUACCUCAGUGCUCCAAUGCCAUUCCUUAUUGGUGUUCCAGCAGUCACACUAGCAAGGGUGUCUAAAAGUGAGCUUGGUGAAGUGGUUAUCCUGGACGUUGACAACAACAAGGUGGAAACCCCCUUCAAGGAUGUGGAAACACUUCCAAGUGAAAUUGUGCUGCCACUGAAGCGCAGUCUACGUACACACCACCAGACACUUGGUGAUGGUGUUUCCCAGGCAUUCCUCCGUGCUCUGGUGGCCCUGAUGGGGGGCUACCGAGAAGCCGUACGCAUGGAAGUUGGUCAGCGAAUCACCUUUGACCCUGACCGCUUCCUGCAGUCACGCCCUGCCAGCCUUCGACCUUUUUUAGAACGCAUGCUGCAGCUUCAGAUUUUUCACCAGUUUAUUGAAGGCAGAUUGCAGAUUCUCAACUCCUGUGAGGUCCACAAUGACAUAUUUGAGCUCGAGGUGAACAUGUUUGAUGACAGCUCAAAUAAGCAGUUCAAACAGCAUUACAAGUACUGGUUGGCAAACAUGAAGAAAGAAGGUGGUGCAUUGCUGAAGUCUAUGAAGAGCAAGGCUAACCCGGCUGUCCGCAAUGCCUACAAGAAUGUUAAAGACAAAGGCAGAAAAGCAUACACAAAUAUACAAGGCAAAAUCGCUAACAUGCAGAAGGGGACCCAGGAUGACAUGGCAUUGUCUAGGAGAGAUAGCAGUCAGCCCUGGAGUGCUCCAGCCAGUCCAACAAUGGGCCGCGUGAGACCUGCUACAACAUUUCAACCUCUGAAUCAUAACACUGCAGGUUUGGUUUCUCCACUGAAAACGUCGUCCUUAGAGACAAGUGCUAGGACACCUGUCAAGAGUCCCACUGAGCCAAGCCUUGAUGUAGUAGCUGAGCUGUCAGAGGACACUGGUUCUAGCAGCUCAUUCCAGCACAUAGACAUGGACCUCCUGGGACCCCUACAAGAGAUUUUCAGCCGUUGCAGCACCACGAACCAACAGCUCCAGCCCAGCCAAAUGAACCAUUUGGCCUCACCACAGGCACCACCAGAAAAACAGACAUUCAGUGAUCCAUCACUGCAUAAGGUGCCCUUGGCCCCACCUCCAAGAAAAGCAUCAAGGAACACAAGCCGACCUUCGCCAUCCUCAGAUGCACCACUGAUUCAUCUGGACUCCCAAGAGAAUGAGGACGAACUUGAUAACCACCAAGCACCUGCAGAGGCUAAAGGAGUUCCUGUUUUUCCCCCGCUUCCAGCACAACUAGUGCAUACAACACAGCCAGCAGUACAAGCAAUGCAACCAGGAAUGCAGACAGUGCAGCCACUGGUAUCUUCAGUACAGCCAGCAGUUCCAACAGCAGUUCCAGUGAUACCACCAAGGGGGCAGACAGCUUCAACUCGGCUGCCUCUGGCAGCAAAUGCUACUACUGCAUUUGCCACUCAGUCAUUUGCCCCAUCACCUUAUUCAAAUCUCCAGAGACGGUUCCAAGCCGUACCUUACAUGGGAGUACCUCACCCAUCUUUUGCAACAAAUCCAUUUCUUCGGAUGCCUUGGACUCCACCGGUGACUCCACCAGUGACACCGCCAGUCACAUCACGUCCUCCCAUGGUUCCCAUUUCGCAGCCAGCACCAUCUCCGGUGUUUCCCAAACAGAAGGACCCUUGUGCCGACCUCAUUGAUCUUUGAUUGUGCUAAUAAUGAGGAGGCACCAUUGCCAUUCAAGUGCUUCAACUCUUAUUAUUUAUUUAGGUUUAAAUGACGUAGGCAUAAAAACUUGUGUAUAUAUAGUAUUGGCCGCCCAGAGAAGGACUGCAGGUGAGGUAGGCACCAGCAUAUGGAGGUUUUAAUUUUGGAGUGUCCUGCACCAAUGUAGCAUGAUAGGCUUGUAAAGUUGUUACUCAGAUUGGGCUCUCUACAGAUACUAGGCAGAUACUUUGUGGAGAGCUUAAAAAAAAGUUUCUUUACUUCCCUUGCUUUGUAUGUACAGCCUUCAUUUUAGUAUAAUCCUUAGAAAAUUUGCCAGGUUUUCAAAGCCUUUAGUGUUGUCGCUUAGUUAACAUCUGAAUUUGCGAUGGUAAUGCCUGUAAGACUUCUGUGAUAAUCUGAUGCAAUGUUCAUUGUAGAAUUCACAAACAUGCUUAGCACUAACGUGGGGCUUCACAUAUUCUUUUUAGAAAGCAGUACACACUACCUGGUAGGAGAAAAAAAAAAUGCUAAAGAGCGGUUAUUUACGAAAUGUGUAGACAGGAAAUUGCCCAAGAAAAAAAAAGAAUUACUAAAGUCUUUUGUCAUUGUAAAUAACCCAGUGUUUAUUUCAGAGCCAAUCUCUAAUACAAAGUAAAACUAAUACACUCACACGAAUGGAUUUAAAAAAAAGUAACAGGCACUGUAUAGAAAUCCGCAUACUAUAUUGUGCUAUGGUGUCAGAUAUCUAGCCUAGAAAGACUUAUUUCAGUACAGGCUCAUUGCAUAUAUUUUCUGGGCACUGUGUGUAUUUGAAAAAUAUUGGGCUUACAUACAUGUUAGUCACAAAGGGAAGAAAUGUUUUAGUGCAUAAUUUUCACUACGUGAAAUUUGCAGGUUUCUGUUGCUCAUUUAAUUAUAUUUGUUGGUAAUUCCUUCAAGACUACAAAGCUUUUUACUCGUGAGACAUAAAUGUGUGAUUGUUCAAUGCCCCUCAAAGUUUCCGAGCCUGAUAGCAUCAACCAGUUUAGUUGAAACAAGUGUAUUUUUGUAAAUUUCCUCAGUGCACCUGGGCCGUGCUCAACAAGUGUAGUGUGUUUCUUAAUGCUGGUAUGGUUCUUGAGAGAGAGAGAGAAAUAUAUAAAUAUGAAUAUUAAUUAUGAACUUGGCCCCAGACAGGUGGAAUGAACUUGGCCUUGGGCAGGUGGAAGCUGUGUGUGUGCUGUGAUGAUGUGCGCAGAGAUCUAUUGCAUAGCUGAGCAAUGCAAGAAGUGGCAAGGUAGAAAGUGAGCCAGAACUUUUUAAUCAUGUGUACCUGUUGCAUCUAGGCUUUCUACAAUAACGAACUGUAGCUUCAAUUACUACUCCAAGCAUGCAAUGAUUGGUGUUACCAAACUUGUCAAAGUAGAAGGCUCGCAAGCUGAGCAGAAGUGGGUAAGGGGAAAGGAGAACAUCGAGGGUAUCUACAGAUGCAACGUUUAGGAAGUAAAAUGCUUUAUAGUUUGGCCUCAGUAUACUGUAACCUAAUUUUCUUUGUAUACCCUGUGUCAUUGACAAAAACUAAGGGCUUGAGUUGCAGCUUGAGGAUCUUAUGAGAAAGAGCUUUAUUUGAAGGUGCUUACUAGUGUUGCAUGUAAUUUAGACCUAGUGCUAGGGUUCCCUUUUCUAUACUCUGUAUCAUACAUCAGUUGCAAUGCUGUGGAAGCUAUGCAAAACGUUCGGUCAGAAAUAUGUUACUAUGCGCGUUUCGCGCUAGGGUUUCAUCGUCGUAAACUCUCGUGCGAUACGAGCACGAACGUGUUUGCCCAGCGUCGCGAAGGGAUACAAAUAAAGCAUCAAGAAAUAAGAACAAAAGGAAGCCGUAUAAUGGGGCAUUUAUCUCCGACGCACAAAGCACGAAGAGGAAAAAAAUCAUGUUGCAGAUCCGAAAAUCAUCGUACUAUUUCUUAGUGCAAACGCAUUCAUUGCAAGAACUGUCGCUAGCCUUCACAGCAUCACACUUUACGUAUGAAACGGGGUAUAGCAUUGUAUUUGGCAUUCUUGCUUGAUCGGUUGAUGAAAUAAUCUCUAGGCUCGGUAUUUUGUUGUGAGAGACAUGCACUCAUGCUUUUUUUAUUCUCAGUGCCUGCAGCCUAACACAGGCAUUUGUGUUAUAUGCAUCUUGUUGGUGUUGUAGCAGUUGUAUUGCGUGUGCGCAACUGCAUUCUGGCUAGUUGGGCUCAGCAAUAAUGCAGAACACAGUGCCAUUGGGGCAGGCAGUGGAACUGCAGCCAUAAAAAUGGGACAUGCACCACCUUGAUGCACACGUCUGGUUGCCUUAGUCUAACAAUGUCAAAUUCAUGCUCCGCACAUCAAAUGGGCUAUUUGAUCUUUAUUGAAGCAACUUUGUCUUGCCUUUGAGCAGCCAGUGAGGGCUGUAUCGUACUUGUUGCAACCCUUACAAUUCAACAGUGUACUAUCAGCAGUAAAUGAAACCUAAACAGUGGCCAUAAUUCGAAAUAAUAUAGUGCAUGCCGUCCAGUUAUCAUCAUGAACGUACACAGUGUUGCUAAACUAGAGGCGUACACCUGUCAAUGGUGAUAACUAGAGGGCGCUCGCUAUACAAGUGUGAAUGCUUGCUGCUGUUUGGGUUUCAUUUGAUGCCAAUAGUAAACUGUGGCGUGACCUUGAAUCAUCAUUUUUUUUUUCAGCUGCAUCAGUGCAUAAUUAAUAUUCUACUGUCAUAUUAGAUUUCAUCUUAAUGUGCCAGGCUUGCAUAUGUGCCAGGGUGUUGCCGUUGGGUCUCAGUUAUUGCCGCAAGCUAGCAUGCUCAGCCGCCAACAGCAUCACAGCAUCAUGUCACUCACAGCAUCACAUGUGAUGUUGCAGCUGCAGAUAUUGCACCCACUUUCAGUGUGCAGGCUUUGUGUGCCAUCUUAGACCCAGUGGCCAACGCUCCAGUACUGUGUUAUGCAGUCCACACUCUUAAGCAUUUGGGUGAACUCUGGUAGCAACAGUAUAUGAUUAAAUACUUGUGAGAACUUUGUGAAGAUAAGAAUUUGUUAGAUUUCCGAGUCAAUACAACCACAUUUAAAGUUUUAAUGUGGAACUACUUGCUCAAGGCCACACCAGAUCCUUUCAAUUUGACCUUUCAAAGUGAGAUAGUACUAUACUGCGUGUUUCUGUAUUGAAUGUCUUGAAUUAUAAAAAAUAAGGGGUUCAAGAUAAUUCGUGCUGUCCAAUUUUCAUACUGGUGGGGGGCAUCGGAAUGUGCACAAUUAUCAACAUUAUAAUUAUUUACAAGAUUUUUCUGUUAUCUUUGAAACUACUGACUGUCAGGAGAAUCUUUGAAAUGAAUUGAAGUCUGUCAAUAGUCACAGUCAAGGUAGAACAGUUCGCUGGAAAGUCCAUACUUCUGAAAACUAUUGCUAAGCACGGACUGAAAUAUGUAAAAUCUGUUGGUGUUUCAGGAAAGUUUGCACUUCAAUUUGUCACAUUGUAGGAGCAUAUAAACUGAAAGAGAAAUGUCAGAUGUGAUGUUUCUAUACAGUUUCAGUUGGAAGAUUUUUUUCUAGCACACCUGUGCUUCGAGAUAUCGGGCUCCAAAGUUAAUCUUUUAAAUGAUUACACCGUCUGAACAGUCUAGUCACAAAUGUUCUUAGAAAGCACAAG